AUGGCCCAGCCGGCGGGGGCCGUGAACUGGCGACACUCGCUGGUCGUGGUGCCGGCGCGCAGGGUGCGGCCGGUGCUGGUGCGGGCCUCGAUGGAGAAGAUGCGCGUGCGGGUCGUUGCGCUUGCCCUGACACAGCGUGGCGGCGGUCCAGCGCUCGUUGGCGGCGAGGACGAGCUCGGAGGCUGUACCGCCGGUGCCGCCGCGUGUGAGGACCGUGCCGUCGGCGAGGGUCACGCUGACGGCGUCGAGGCGGGCACCACCUCGGAAGGCGAGGCGGGCGGCACGCGGCGUCGAGGGCCGGGCGGCGAGCACGGCGGCGUCGGAUGA